UUUAUAUUAUCCAAAUUUGUAUACAUCAAAAGGUUUAACAGCUAUUAUACAUAAUAAUAAUGAAAUACCAUUAAUUGAUUCAAAAGCAUUCUAUUUUGCACCCGGUUAUACACAUAAUUUAGUAUGGACUAAAUCUGUAUCAACAUAUCUUGAACCACCAUAUACAAGUUGUACAAAUAUAAUUGGUGAUGAUAUGAAAGCAUUAUAUGAUGCAUACAAUGGUGUUGAAUAUUCUUAUUCUCAAACUGUCUGUUAUGAAUUGUGUAAACAAACUUAUAUUUAUAUGAAAUGUCAAUGUAUAUCAAGUUUAAUAUUAACUAUUCAAAAAUUAUUAAUUAAUAAUCAAUUAAUACAUGUGAAUAUGUGUUCAAUCUAUCCUACUCUAACACAAAUGAUGUGUGCAUAUUCAGCUAUGAAUAAUUUUACAUAUGAUUUGAAAGCCCAAUCACAGUUAUGUAAACAAUGUCAACAAGAAUGUGAAAUAACAACAUAUACAUCACAAAUAACAUCAUCAACAGAUUCAUUAGCUGAUGAUGGUCUUAAAACAUUAAUUGAACAAACAAUUAUGAAAUACAGAGAAUUACCUCAAAAUUGGACAAAUAAUUGGCAAACAUAUAUUGAUAAUAGUUAUUUACAAUUACAGAUAUGUCCACAAUCUGAAUUUGUUCAUCAUUAUAAACAAGAGCCAAGUUUAUCGUGGACAGAUGUUAUAUCAAGUGUCGGAGGACAAACAGCAUUGUAA